UCCUUUUAGUGAAACAUUCCCUGAGAUAUUUCCUUACUGCUACCUAUGGAGUCCCAGACUUUCCAGAGUUCAUCGGCGCUGCUACAGUGGAUGAAGUUCAGGUGGGCUACUGUGACAGCAACAUCAAGACGGCCAAGACCAGACAAGACUGGAUAAGGAGACUGAUGGAAAAGGAUCCCUAACACCUGAAGUGGUAUUCCCAGAAGUGUCUUGGAAGUCAGCAUAUCUUCAGAGCAAACAUUGAUAACUUUAAGCAACGCUUAAACCUGACUCAAGGUCCCUACAUUUUACAGAGAAUGAAUGGCUGUGAGUGGGAUGAUGAGACUGGGGAAAUUAAAGGGUUUAAUCAGUAUGGGUUUAAUGGUGAGGACUUCUUAGCCGUGGACCUGAACACACUGACAUGGACUGCUCCUAAAUCGCAAGCUGUCAUCACAAAACGUAUGUGGGAUGCCGAGAAAGCUAGAUUAGAACAUAAUAAAAACUACUACAUCUACAAAUGUCCCGACUGGUUAAAAAAAUAUGUCCAUCAUGGGAGGAGCUAUCUGCAGAGGACAGAAAGCCCGUCUGUAUCUCUGCUCCAGAAGACUCCCUCCUCUGUGGUUAUCUGCCACGCUACAGGUUUCUACCCUGACAGAGCUGAAAUAUUCUGGAGGAAAGACGGAGAGGAGAUUCACGAGGGUGUGGAAAAAGGAGAGAUCCUCAUGAACAAUGAUGGGACCUUCCAGAUGAGUGCUGAACUCAACAUUUCAUCCAUCCAGCCUGCAGACUGGAGGAGAUAUGACUGUGUGUUUCAUCUUUCUGAUGCUGAAGAUGACAUAAUAGUCACACUGGAUAAAUCUGUGAUCCGUACAAACUGGGCGUCUUCUCCAAAGAUUCCUGUUGCUGUUGUUGCCGGAGGUGUUGCAGCAUUUCUUCUUCUGGGAGUUGCCGUAAUUGUUGGCGUCUUCUGGUUGAGGAAAUAUAAUGGAUUCCAGCAAGUUGAUGGAGAAGAAUAAAAGACAAUAUUUGACUGGGUGGAGAGUCAAUAAAUUCACACUUCAAACUUCCAAUGGACACAGAUCCAUAGAGGGCUAAUGCUGCAUGAAGGAUUGUUGUUGUACCAUUAAGUUGUGUCCAGCAGUAAAAAUUAACAAAAUACGGCAAACAGACUAGACUAUAUGUAAGCUUUACUUGGUGCAACCUUUUUUGUUAGAUCACUCUUAAUGAGAGGAGCUCUGAAUAGACAUUUGCUGAAGCCUCCAGGAUCAGCUGGUUUAUUGAUCUUAGGGCUGGACUUAUUAUAAAUUUCCAGUGACUUCGUUGUAGAGUGAAAUUUAUCUUUAUAAGAUUUACUUACGUACACAAUGUGUUAUAUCAAAUACAUUCAUUUUUAUUAUAAGAUGUUAAUACUUUUUUGGUUUUCACCUUUUCUUCUGUCUUUUUUUUCUGUAAAUCUGUUGUGUAGUAAACAGUAGAAAGACGUUUUCUACCUAUGAAACAAAGAGGAAGAAGUCACAAUAAGUUGUAACAGUUGAACUGAUUAACUUGACAGUGGAAAGAAACAACUGUAAUUGUCUUUUUUAAGUACAUGAAAAAAUUGAUAUUAUUUUAUUAUUAUUGAAUAAAAAAAGUUGUUGAUAAUUACAAAGAUUUGUUUGAAUUUUGGCAUCUUUGAGGAUAAAGGCGAAAACAACUGUCAUGUAAGCAGCAAUAACAAAACUAAUAAAAC